UUCAGAAGUUUUCGCGGGAGAAAGAUGAAAACAUGAGCAGCUGAGUUGCCGUUUCCAGUUAACCUCAGCGUUAAAGGCGAGGCUGGAUAAGACCAAGCCUGUACGUGUAUAAACCGAUAUAAAUGUCAGGCGGCGGCCUUUCGUAGUCAAGCAAUUUCGGUGAUCGUCAAUUUUAAUUGUUUUCGUUGAUCGGAAGAGUUGAGUCGUUUCCGAUUUGUGUAAAACAAAAUACAGAUCAGUAAGGUCGAUUUGUGUUGUAUUGAAGCGAAACUAACGUCUCCACGACGAUGUGAUAAAACUGACUAUUUAUUCAGUAGACUUAUUGCCGACGCUUGUUGGACCUCUCCAGCGCUGUGCUCUUUAUGCUGUAGAAACGGUGGAGUAAAAUGAGUGCGAGAAAGAGACGAGCUGGGAAGACGGUGAAAAACGCCCAGGAUGGUUCUCCAGUGAGCGACGAUCCUGUUGAUCUGCUUCCCACCCAGAAGUUUACAUCUCCGAAUAUCUCCAACCUGUCGUUAAUCCCCAGAACCAGCUUCUUCGAUGAGGAAGAGAGCGUCCCUUCUGGCGCUCCCCUCCACAGCACCGCGCUCGAGGAGGAGCUGAGGAAGGGGGGGAGAGGCCACAAGGGCCUGGCGAAGACUAAGGCGCCUGUGAAGAGACUCGCGGGGUCUCUGAAGAAGCGCGGGGCGGGCGCCAGGACAGGACCGCGCCCCGCCGCCAGCACCGGGGCCGGGCCUCCGAAGAGCCGGACGUCCAGCCAGCGGUCACAUCCACCAGCGGCAAAGCAGAUCCCGGAGGAGGAAGACUCCAGCAGCGAGGAAGGUGGCUCGGCAGAGCAGAAGGGCAGAUCGCCUCCUGUCGAGAGUGACGCUUCAGAGAGCUGGGUCUCGGCAAGAACUAAAUCCAGCGUCGCUGCCGAGUCCAGAAGUCGCACUGGAGGGAUUUCAGAGGCCAGCCGGUCCAGAGCAACCAGUCGAACCCUGGACCAGUCUGGCCCUUCGCAGGCUUCCGUGAGCGAGGAGGAGGGGGCUGUGGGCGGCCAGUCUCCUGCAGCGAGGAAGGGCACGGGCCGGGGGCGGCAGAGAAGGCGCCUGUCCCCGUCUUCAGAGGACGACACAAAUGAUGAAGACUCCGACUGCGAGAACAAACCAAGUGGCAGCAGAAGAUCGUGGCCGUCUGACGGUGCGCAGAAACGGAAGUCCUCCUCCUCCUCAGGCAGCGACGGGCCCCCCCAAUCCAAAAAACCCCCGAAGGACCUGACCGAACUGGACGUGGUGCUGGCUGCGUUUCAGGAUUUUGUGUCAGAGUACAAGGAGACUGGGGGAAGGGAUGUGGCCAAACGAGCAAUAGAAACCCUUUCUACGAAGUUUGUGGAUCAACUUACCGACACGAUACACAUGACAAAGGAGCUGAAGCAGCUGAAAAGGGAAAACAGCAAGACCAACAGUGCUAUUAAUCGUAAAAGAUCACGGCUGCUGGAGGUCAAACACGAACUAAGGAAGAGACAAACUGAGCUGCGCGAAUUGCAGAAGGAACACGCCCAGCUGAGCGAGAAACGGGCCAGCCUGGAGCAGGGCACAGCGCUGCUCGGGUCUCUGAAGGCCCUGCAGCGGGCCUACCUGCGGCACAGGCAGGCUCAUCCUGCCGAGAGAGAGGAGUACGGCCCCUCCAGCCUCCCCUCUUUACUCCUGGAAAUGCGGAGCGUGUUGGGAGUCGAGCACCAGCUGCUAAAAAUCAAUACGCAACUGCAGGACUCCCUCGAGCAACUGAGCAAGAAAUCAUGAAAGCCAUACACUUGGAUGCAUCUCUACUGCAGAUAGUGACUUUUUUUUUCAUAUGUUGAUUCACACGGUUUUCUGUUUUGUUUUGGGCUCGUGUAAAAUGAGUUUCUAUAGCUGGACUGAUGACUGAUGCGGUCUUGUGCUUUUAGAGGGAUUCAGGGUGGGAUACUGACAGCAAAAGGUUACAAUGUUGGCUUUUAUUGAGACACCUAUUAAUCUUAAUGUGACAGCGAGCAAGCGGUCUUACAAAUAAAUUAUGAAUAAAUGUUUAAAUUUAGAUAUGAACUUAGAUUUAAAACUGAACAUCCCAGUAAAUAGCAGGAGGGGAUAUAAAUAAAAAUGGUGCAAAAUCAUCAUCCAAUGUGAAAUUUUAACAGAUGAAACAGAAGUGACCUUUGCAGUAUCACAUUCAGCAGUAAAAUGUUGCAACUAUACAGGAACAGAAUUGAAUAAAACCCACCAUAACCUCUUCAACCUUGUAUCGCCAUGUAGUUAAUUUAAUAAAGUUUCUGUAAUGGUUUAAAGAAAGGGGUGAAAUCUGUUAUUCAUUCAUU